GAGAGCUAUUAAUUACUUGUAGAGAAGAGCUAAAACAUCAAGUUCUCCUUUAUCUUCCAUAAAUUGAGACGAUAUACUUCAAGUAGAUUCCGAGUAAUAUACGCACACUUGGUUUCUCAUCUUAGCUGCUAGAAGAAGAGGCUUUGAUCAAUCUUUCCUAAUUUUUGCUAACAUAAGCAUGAAUGAAGUCGUUCAUACAAAAUUGUAGAUGCUGUUAUCUGCUGUUUCAAAGCAAGAGUGAGUCUAAAACUUCAAACUACUCAUCGCGUCCUCUUAGGUAACUUUUAAUCUGCCGCGUAAGGCUAUCCAUUGAUAGCGCCAUCUUUUCAGCAAGAGCGGGUCGAGAGAAAACCCUUUGAAUACCCCACUUCGCAUACUUUCCGUCCUCAAUCUACCCUCUACUGUAUCCCACAUACAGAGUACAUUGUAGUCCAACUUAUCAACCGUCAUUGGUCCUGUCGACCCUCUAUCCCGUGUUCGUCAGAUUUUACAGCUUCUCAAAAUGUCCCCCGGUUGUAAAAUCCACCUCCUUGAUGGAGGUCUUGGCACCACCCUUGGUGAUUCUCACCAAGUACAGUUCACAGAAAAAGAACCUCUCUGGUCCUCUCAACUCCUUAUUCCAACUCAUCCCCAUGGACCCAAAACACUCCUCGCUACUCAAAAGUCCUUCGUGGACGCCGGUGCUGAUAUCUUAUUAACCGCAACUUAUCAAACGAGUUAUGAAGGAUUCGGAGGAUCAGGAUAUGCUGUUCAUUCACACUCAUCUUCUAACUCGGGAAAAGCAGAUGGGGAUAAAGAAGAAGUAAAUGGCAUUAUGAGAAGCGCCGUAGAUAUCGCUUCCGAUGCAUUUUCCACCAAGAAAGAUUCAAAUGGCAAAAUUGCACUAAGUCUUGGAGCAUACGGUGCGAUCAUGACUCCGGGACAAGAAUACACGGGAAAGUAUGAUGAUGACCAUAAAUCGAGCGAGCAAUUGAGCUCAUGGCACCAUGAGAGAAUUUCGGUUUUCUCGAGAGAUCCAAAAUGCUGGGAGAGAGUUGACUAUGUUGCGUUUGAAACCAUUCCAUUGUUGGAGGAAAUUGAGGGUGUAAGAAAAUCCAUGGGAGAAGUUGAAAACUCGAAUGGUGGAACGGCUGGAAGCAAGCCAUUUUGGAUUACAUGUGUAUUCCCUGGCGAAGGAAAUUGCUUACCAGGUGGAAGCUCUGUGCAACAAAUUAUGCAAGCAAUGUUGGGCAACAAAGGCGGAUCCCCAGUACCUUUUGGAAUCGGUCUGAAUUGUACCAAAGUUGGAAAAGUUGAGUCUUUGAUAUUAGAAUUCGAGCAAGAAGUCAAGGCUUUAAUCGAGAAAGGGGAUGUCAGUGAAUGGCCAUCUUUGGUAGUAUAUCCCGAUGGAACAAUCAAGGGCGAAGUCUACAAUACUUCUACCAAAGUAUGGGAAAUCAGAGAGCCACCAGGAAAAGAAGAUUUGCAAUGGGACGAGGCGGUUCUUGAGAUUGUCAGAAGGGCAAGGGAUAGGGGGUUGUGGGAGGAUAUUAUUGUAGGAGGUUGUUGCAAAACUACGCCUAGGGAGAUUGGGAAACUGAGGGAGAGGAUCGAUCGACUUGAUAAGGAAUAAUCGAAUAGAUGCAAUGAGAACCAAUCUCAUACUCAAGUGGUCUCGAAAGGGAGUUGAGAAUGUUUUGGAGAUGAGCCUGCAUCUAGCUGUAUCGAAAUCGAACUUGAAUUUGGAUCUCGUCAAAGCUUUUACGUCUGUUUUCGUGUUCCUUGGAAAUGAUAAAUCCAACCCCUCUUCGGUAACAUUUUGAGCCAAUCAAAUUCCCUCUCAUCAAGUUCUCUCAUCGUCCGGUACGCAAUGUCAGCACCAAUGUUUUUUCUUUCGCUUAAAGAUAUAACACGUUUUUUCUAUCUAAUUCCUAUCGAGAGAGACCCCCGAUGCUCUCCCGACGCUCUCUACAAGAGUCAAAGAGUUUUCCGAUUCAGAUGACGAAUUGCUCUGCAGGGCUUUAUAUGAGAUUACAGGGAUUUCAGCUAUCGGAACAUCAUUGGAGAAGGGAGAGGACUCAGCAAAAAUCUCGUCGGCGGGCAUGGUGACAGAUAAAACAAGCAAAGUAGAAUGUUCAGGAUAAUACUGGUGAAUUGGACUGGGCUGCUAAACGUUUGGACUUCUUUUGUUCUUACAAAGUAUUGUGAUUGACUUUCUAACACCCUGGAUGCAACGGUGAAUAGCACCUUGGAAGCUAAAGCCAUCCUGUUUCAAUCUUGAUCAUGCUAUUGGUUAUUGCUAUCCCUCCCCCCCGGCAAUGCUCUUACCGAAAACCUGACCGAAACCAACAGUACUAACGGUGCCAAAGUGUAAUCAGUUUAUCUGGAACAUAGUUGUAGUUGCAUUGGCUAGAUGAAGGUGGCAUCGUUGCAGCAAAUCGACUAAUAAACUUCAACUACAAUCCAACGUCUGAGAAAACGCAAUUCUGAUUGACUAGCUUAUAUGUGAGGUUUAGGGGAGAAACAUGCGUCCCAGCCUAUCGGAAUACUGACCUAUAAAAGGUUACAUAGAUCAUAUUGCAUCCCACCCUCAUGGGUACUACGUACGUGGCAUCUCCAUUUAUAGAGUGGGGUGGAGACACCAUAUAGUUUGGUAUUCCUUCGUGAGAAGAAGGCUGAUGGAAUGAAUUUGUUCCUUUGUCCCUGCAUAUUUUCAAUGUACAUACACGUUAGUAUAUCCAUUCAACACAACUAGUUGCUUGAAAAUGUGGGCGAAUAAAUUGCAUGCCUGAGUGAAAUAUGGGGGACGUGUGAUAUUUUUUCGCGGAGACGAGUGUUGGUUAUUUGUACCAAGGACUUGUGUACAUUAAAAUUUUGGCAUUUGCGGUUGGAUACCGCUCUAUCUUACGGGAUCAGAUCACUUUUAGAGGCGACUGCAUAUCGACAUGUGUGGGAUGGAGGCGUUUCAUCUGAGAAACUAAAAUAUUAUCCUAAAGUCUAGGUGGCCAUAGCCAUUCAAUUACAAUGAUGAACUGAAUGAAAGUGAUCGAACUUCCAAAGUACUUUCAAUCAUCAUACA